AUGAGGCUGGUCCACCUGGACCUCAAGGGAGCUGCGCCCAGGGUCUCCUACCUGGAGCAGGUGUUCCCCCUCCUGUCCCAGCUGGGAGCCAACGGCGUCCUCAUGGAGUACGAGGACAUGUUCCCCUUCAAGGGGGAGCUGGAGAUCCUCAAGUCCCCGUAUGCUUACAGCGAGGAGGACAUCGAGCGGAUCCAGCAGCUGGCGGAGCUGCCCAAGAUGCAGACCUUUGGGCAUGUGGAGUUCAUCCUCAAGCACGAGAAGUACCAGCGCCUGCGGGAGGUCGAGCGCUUCCCCAACAGCUUCAACCCCCACGUCCCCGACACCCUGGCCCUGCUCAAGAGCAUCUUGGCGCAGGUGAUCGAGAAGCACAAGCGCUCCACCUGGAUCCACAUCGGCGCGGAUGAGGUCUUCCAUCUCGGGGAGGGGAUGGACUCCAAGAACUGGAUGAGCCGCAACAAGGGCGACACGGGGACCCUGUACCUGAAGCACAUCAAGGAGGUGCUGGGCUUCAUCACCACGCAGUACCAGGGGCUGCGGGUGCUCAUGUGGGACGACAUGCUGAGGAAGAUCAGUGUGGGAGCCCUGCGGGGUGAGAGAAUGGGGAUGGCAGCGGUGGCACCCGAGCUGGGGGUCUCGGCAGCUCCUGUCCAUGCGAUCGCCCUGGCAGGUGUCAUGCCCAGUGCCCGGGUGGGGCGGUGCCGGCCGCGGCUGGCCCCGCUGCGCUUCCAGGGCAUCGUCCUCACCGGCUGGCAGAGGUACGAUCACUACUCGGUUCUCUGCGAGCUGCUGCCCGUUGGCAUCCCCUCCCUGGCCAUCUGCCUGCAGACCCUGGUGAACG